UUUCUCUCUUUCAUUCUCACUCUCACUCUCUCAAGCCGCUCACGUUAUCCACACCUCAACCCUCCUUAAACCCUAACCAUGGCUUCCACCUUCUCUCCCACCUCCUCCGUCGCCGCCCUCAAGCUCUCCUCCUCCUCCGCCAUCUCCUCCUUUCCCCUCUCCUCCCGCCGCCGCACCAACGCCGUAGUCAUUUCCCGCCGCAGCCGCAGCCGCAGCGCCCGCGUCUCCGCUAUGGCCAAGGAGCUCCACUUUAACAAGGACGGCACCGCCAUCAAGAAACUCCAGAGCGGUGUGAACAAGCUCGCGGAUCUGGUUGGCGUCACGCUUGGUCCCAAGGGAAGGAAUGUCGUCCUCGAGAGCAAGUACGGCUCGCCCAAAAUCGUUAACGACGGUGUCACUGUCGCCAAGGAGGUUGAGUUGGAGGAUCCGGUUGAGAACAUUGGCGCCAAGUUGGUGAGACAGGCGGCGGCCAAGACUAACGACUUGGCAGGUGAUGGAACCACGACCUCGGUUGUUCUAGCGCAGGGACUUAUUGCGGAAGGUGUUAAGGUUGUUGCGGCUGGAGCUAACCCAGUGCUCAUCACCCGUGGCAUUGAGAAGACAGCGAGAGCUCUUGUGUCUGAGCUUAAACAGCUGUCAAAAGAGGUUGAAGAUAGUGAGUUGGCAGAUGUGGCAGCUGUCAGUGCAGGGAACAAUUACGAAGUAGGACAAAUGAUAGCUGAAGCAUUGAGCAAGGUUGGUAGAAAGGGUGUCGUGACACUUGAGGAGGGAAAAAGUGCUGAUAACAGUCUAUAUGUUGUCGAGGGAAUGCAAUUUGAUCGUGGUUAUAUUUCUCCAUACUUUGUUACUGACAGUGAGAAAAUGGCUGUUGAGUAUGAGAACUGCAAGUUGCUGUUGGUUGACAAAAAGAUUACCAAUGCAAGGGAUCUUAUCAACAUACUGGAGGAUGCAAUUAGAAGUGGACACCCUAUAUUGAUUAUGGCAGAGGAUAUUGAACAAGAAGCUUUGGCAACUCUUGUGGUGAACAAACUUAGAGGAUCACUGAAGAUUGCAGCACUUAAAGCCCCUGGGUUUGGUGAACGCAAGAGCCAGUAUCUUGAUGAUAUUGCCAUCUUGACUGGAGGCACUGUAAUCAGAGAAGAGGUUGGCCUUACUUUGGACAAAGCUGGUAAAGAGGUUCUCGGACAUGCCUCCAAGGUGGUGCUCACCAAGGAUACAACCACUAUUGUUGGUGACGGAAGUACCCAGGAAGCAGUGACCAAGAGAGUUGCACAAAUUAGGAACCAAAUUGAGGCUGCAGAGCAAGAGUAUGAGAAGGAAAAGUUGAACGAGAGAAUUGCUAAGUUGUCUGGCGGUGUGGCUGUGAUACAGGUUGGAGCACAAACUGAGACAGAGCUUAAAGAAAAGAAGUUGAGAGUUGAAGAUGCACUUAAUGCUACAAAGGCAGCUGUUGAGGAAGGUAUUGUAGUUGGUGGUGGGUGCACUUUGCUGAGACUAGCAUCAAAGGUGGAUGCAAUCAAGGAUAGCCUUGAAAAUGAUGAAGAAAAAGUUGGAGCUGAUAUUGUGAAAAGAGCUCUUAGUUACCCUUUGAAAUUAAUUGCCAAGAAUGCUGGUGUCAAUGGCAGCGUUGUCAGUGAGAAGGUAUUGUCCACCGACAAUUUUAGAUUUGGAUAUAAUGCCGCCACUGGAGAAUAUGAAGAUUUGAUGGCUGCUGGAAUCAUUGAUCCAACAAAGGUGGUCAGAUGUUGCCUGGAACAUGCAGCUUCUGUUGCCAAAACCUUCUUAAUGUCGGACUGCGUGGUUGUUGAGAUUAAGGAACCUGAGCCCAUACCCGCUGGAAACCCCAUGGACAAUUCAGGAUAUGGUCUCUAGAGGAUCGGCUGCUUCAGUGAGAACAGUAUUUUUUUUGUUUUUUCUCUCGAUGAAAUGCAAAAUUCGGUAGCUAUUUUAUUUGUAGCAAAGCAACGAGUCCAAAUGUACGAUGGGUACCUAGUGUGGUAUAUUAAUAAUCAAAAAAUUUUGCUAAUUACUUCCCUCGAGAUUUUUUAUUUUUAAUAAUAUUUCUUUUUAGUUAUUUUGUCCAGUUCCAA